CUUUCCCACAGUGACAUAAUCGCAAAUUCUCAAACCGGACGGACCCGGCUCGGGUGACGGCUAGCAGAGCCGAGCCGGCCCGGGCCUGCGCGGGGGGCCUCGGUGCCAGCUGGAGGGGCUGGGCACUCUGCCCUGGCCGGCCGGCGCUCUGGGGGCAGGGUUCUGCUCCGCCCGCUCCAUGCGCGGACUGUGCCCUCGGCGGGCAUGCGGGCCGGCAGGGUAGGGCUAGGGCCGGGCUGCUCUGGGUCAAGGAUCAAGGUCCCUGCCUGAUUAGGUCCCCACGCAUUCCACUCUUCGAGACCUGGGCUCUGAAGAGGGCGCAGUAGAGCCCCAGCAGAGCGUGACAACCCGCGCCACCUCCACCAGAAGUGGGACCUAUUAGAUUCCCGCCCUGGGCGGAGUCACUUGGCCCCAAGACCCGCCCCUAACACCCUAGCCUUUCCCAAGCAGUCUUUCGCAAGCGGAAGUUAAGAAGCCCCGAGAGGGAAGCGGCGGAAGUGGUGGCGUCCCUGCAGGUCCGUGCGCAUGCGCCAUUUGACUCCCUAGUUGCGGCUCGUGGAGAGCGAGGUGGUUUUUCUUCGUGUCUUCUUUUCUCCACGCCAGGGGUUUCGCGAACCCGCAGUCGUGGCCGCGCGCUCGUCAUUUCUGCUGCUUUCGUGGCCCCCUCACGAUGGCUGGCAUUCUGUUUGAGGAUAUUUUCGAUGUGAAAGACAUUGACCCGGAAGGCAAGAAGUUUGACCGAGUAUCUCGACUGCAUUGUGAGAGUGAAUCUUUUAAGAUGGAUCUCAUCUUAGAUGUAAACAUUCAGAUUUAUCCUGUAGACUUGGGUGACAAAUUCCGAUUGGUCAUAGCUAGUACCUUGUAUGAAGAUGGUACCCUGGAUGAUGGUGAAUACAACCCCACAGAUGACAGGCCUUCCAGGGCUGACCAGUUUGAGUAUGUCAUGUAUGGGAAAGUGUACAGAAUUGAGGGAGACGAAACUUCUACUGAAGCAGCAACACGCCUCUCUGCGUAUGUGUCCUAUGGGGGCCUGCUCAUGAGGCUGCAGGGUGAUGCCAACAACCUGCACGGAUUUGAGGUGGAUUCCAGAGUUUAUCUGCUGAUGAAGAAACUGGCCUUCUGAACCUCGUGGGAAGCCAGCCCUGUUGCUGGUUAUUCAAGUUAUGGACAUUGUUCAAGCCUGAAAAGUUGCUGUUUACCUGUUAAUGUGGGACUGACUUUCUGUCCACUGUGGGUGCAUCUUUAGCUAGUCUGGAUUCAAUGGGAAACUGACUUGCCUGUGAAAGAGCCAGUGGGAGGGCUUCACAUAAACAAGAAGUUUUGUGUAUAUGAUUUGUAAUUAAACUUUACUUUUUCAGACUCCC